CAGAACAUCAUUCCUUUCAAACUGUGUGACAAACGAGUGACGAAAUCUGUAUCUUAAUUCAUUCUAUAUUUCAAUGAAUUUUUAUUGAAAAAACGGUUGAUAAGACAAUUAACUUCUUUAGCAUCUUAUAUAGAAGAAAGUGAUUAUGGACUUCCCGUGAUUCAUUCAUGAACAAAAAAUUCUAGUUGUCGAAUAUAUGCCAUGAUACUUUUAAAGGAAUACGUCUAUUCUAAAAUUUUUCAGCAUUUAUUGUUAUUCACACAUCUGUGAUUAGUGAAAAUUAAAAGGUAUUCCUCGUAAUUCAUAGAUAUAUUCUAGUAGAAUGCAACUUAUCAAGGACUUCGCUUGGUCAACAUUUGUGACUUUAUUUAUCUUCACAAUCGUUGAAAGUAGCCCAGAAGUAAUUGAAGAAAAAAGCAACUGCACGUAUAUACCCAUUCAUAAUGGAACUCAGACUGGAUCUUUUAGUAUAAAUUUUGAACAGAAUUGUGAUAUUUACACAUACCAAAUCAAGUACCUUAAUGAAUCCAGCAUUAUCAAGAUCAAAUCUGUUUUCACUGAUUUUAAUAACCUUACGAAUUCCAAAAGUGGGGAUCAAAGAGUGAUUCAAGUACUUCUCAAAGAAUUCACAACUUUAACGGAUGGAACCAAAUCACUGAUUGUUGUCAAUCAGUGGAACAUCGAUUUAGAGAAUGACACUUCAACCGAUGACACGAUAUAUUACAGCCGAACAGCAGAUUUAAUUAUCAACGUGGAAGUAACCGGUAACUGGUCAAAUUGUGUUCUAAAUUUCUUUUAUGAAGAAGUAGAAUUCAAGGAAUACAGAAAUGAUUCAAGCGACAGAGAAGGGAAAAUAUCUCCUUGGAUCUCAAUGGAAGGAAGAGGAUACAGACCGAAUAGCGUCUACGUGUUUCAGAUCCUGAAAUCGGAAGUUAUGAAUGUCAGUAGCAUUCACCUAAUUGUGAAUAAGCUCCAGAUAGACGAAGGAAUGGGAGAAUAUUUAUUGGUUGGAGCAGGAAAAGAAGUAUUUCAGGGGCCACCGCCAUUGUUUAUUUCCAGUUCACAAUCAAAGAAAAAGAUCAAAAUCAAUGAUGAAAAUGCUUAUAUCGUGUUUGUAGCUGCCUCAACUAGAUCUCGUUAUAGUGGUUUCGAAAUCAUUUGGAAGCAUAAUGGUACAAGAAUAACCAGAGACGAAGAUACAAUUAUUGAUCCUGGGAUAGUAGUAGAUGAAUCGCAUUCUAUGCCUAUCUGCAUUCACAAUAUCAGUGCAGCUCUGAAUGAGUUAAACAAUUCCGAAGAUUCAUUCGGGGAAUUUCGAGAGAGAUUGGCAAGCUUAGGUACAGAGUAUGCAUAUAAUAAUAGCAAGAAUUUGAAAAUUGACUCAUCACAGGUGCAUAUUGUCAGAGUAUCAGCAGUCAUAGGCAAGAAAGACAUUUUAUAUGUGAUGGUAAAAAUUCAACAUGCGAAAAAUGGUAAAGCCAUUUUUACUUGGAAUCAGUUGGGGCACAUUCUAAAAGAAUAUUCCUCUCGCUUCAGUUCUGAAGUUAAAAGAGGUUAUUGGAUAAAACAUUGCACAGAAGAAACUCAUCAGAGAAAGUGGGCUAAUAUUAUAAUUUAUGCCAUCGCACCAGUACUUUGUUGCAUUUGUCUUCUAAUAUGGAACUGGAGAAAUACUCCUUUCUCUCGGAUUUUUUCAAAAAAAAUAAAGAUGGCCAUCAUCAGAUCCAAAAAAGAUCUAAUGGCUCCAGAAGAAGACAAUGAAUAUGUCUCUAAUUACGUUACAAAUACAGUUCCAAAAGUUCGCAUCACCAAUGACGAAGGUAGACGUUAUACUUGGAAUAAUGAUGAGGGCGCUCUAUCAAGUGGAGCAGAACAAGACUCAGACAUUGAAGUUUUCAAUAGAAGGGAUUUACGAAGAAGCAGCAGUAGCCUAAGCAAUACGAAAGUAUCAGGAAGUGCGAGAAGCUCAUCAAGAUCCUUGAAGAGGCCCGAAAUUAAUAUGGCUUUCAAAAAUGAAGAAUGCAUAGAUGACAUACAGAAUAUUCCUGAGACAUCAACUCCAGCAACAGAACAUGCUUAUGACACAGUAAACUCACAAAAGAGUCUCCUUAGCACAAAUUCCACUUUUGAAACAAAGUUGUAAAGUAAAUAGUGAAAAAAAUAUGCAAAUUUUAUAAAAUGUGUAUGUCUAUAUUUAUAUAGAUAUAAAUAUGUAUAUUAGGAAUAAUUCUGAAAAUAUUAAAAUAUGAAAGAACAAAAUAUUCACACAAGGAAAAAAAAAUGUGAAACUAUGCAAGAAUUUUGAAAUGCAGCAGUGCAUAUUGUGUUAUUCAUGUAAAUGAAACAAUGAGAUAUUCAUGAAUGAUGAUUAUGAUUCUGUUGUAGAAGAUAUGCUAUCAUGUGAAACUUUUUUUUCAAGUCCAGGAAAAAGUCACAAGGUAAAUGUAUGAUCAAAAUCUGAAAUUUGUAUAGUUCUAUUAUUUUCAUUUUCAAUUAUUAUUGUAAAUACAAACAAAUUAGAUAUAAUUCAAGUACAUAACAAUUACUUCAUUCAAAAAAAGAAUUUCAUCCCUUAAUUGAGUGAUCAUGAACUGCCUGAUUGAAAAACUAAAUCUACUGAAUAAUUUUCUUCAUAUGUAUUUAGCACAUAAUAAAUUCAUUAAAUCUUAAUGUAAUAUUUGUUAAAAAAUAAAAUAAUAAGUAUUAUGAAAAAUAUAUUUAUAUAGGCAUUAGAUCCAAAACUUGAUAAAUUUCUAUUGAUAAAAAAUGCUCAACAAUAUAGUCAUAACAUUUUUAAGAUAUUGUAUGAUCAGAAUAUCAAACAAUCCAUUUUAGAGACAGUUAAUAUCUUGUGUUAAUAUGCAUGCAUCAAUCUCACACAUUAAUUUAAUAGCAAUGUCUCCAAAAUGGACAUUUAAUAAAUAUUAAAAUUAUGUUAGUUAUGUAUAUGGAUAUUUAUGCAUAUUUAUGUUAUAGUUAUGUAUAUGGAUAUUUAUGUUAUAGUUAUGUAUAUGGAUGACUUUUGAUGCUGUAUUUAAUAAAUAUUCCAUGAAAAAAAUUUGUUCACAUGACAUUAAGAUACAUCUAGCAUGAACCAGAACUCGCAUACAUUGAUUCUAUUUCAUUGUGUUUAUGUUAAUAAAAUAAAUAAAUUGAUGGUAAUGAG